AAAUCGUGAGGGGGAAAUUAAUUAAUCAAGAUCGAGGUGUAAAUAAUAACAAAGCGCUUUGAACUUGAGCUUGAAAAGGAGCGGAAUGUUGUGUUUUUAGUCGAAAAAUAAAAGGGUCAACCUUAGGCAAGCAGUUACAGUUUUGAUUAAAUCAAAUCAAACAAAACGAUUGGAUUAAUACAAAACAGUGUAUUUAGCAGUGUAAUUGCAGAGAAGAGAAGUGGCCAACAAGAAACGAUCAAGAUUUGUGAAAAGAAAAAAGACUUUCGACACCGCAGCCGGUAGGAUUCGAACCUACGCUCCCAGAGGGAAUCUGAUUUCGAGUCAGACGCCUUAACCACUCGGCCACGACUGCUUCGUGAAGGAGGCGGCGCUAAAAGCAGGUUUGCUCAAUUACUACCAGCAAACGGUGGUGCGUCAACCAAAACGUUACGACCGUGAUUGCGCGACUGGUGUGCGUGAAAAAAUGAUUAAUUAUUCACGACAGAGCGUGUAAAUUGAAUUGAAUUGGUACCGUCGCCAUACCAUUAAAUUGAAUUAAGUCCGCACGGUUGCUAUGUAAAGAAAUAUUUUUAUAAAUCUAAUAUCAACAACAGCGUGUCACUGUGCAAAAGCAAAACUGUGUAUUGUAACAUGCACAGAAUUAUAUAAAAAAAAAUAAAAUUAAAAAUUUUCGAUUAACAUGGAAUUAUAUGACCCAAAAUUCAGACCUAUUUUACAUAUUUUAAAUUGGAGACAUGACAAACAAGAUCGAUUGGGCUUUGUGGGAUGCCAUUUGAACAGCACAAAAUACAUCGUCGGUAUGAGAUAAAGGGAUGAAGCAGACAUCAUUUGGAGAGGAUUUUUAUAAUCUGCUGAUUUAGAUGCUCUCCAAUUAUCCACAGGGUAAAAUGGCAACACUAUAGUCUCCUUCUGCUCCUACGCCUUACAACAACUCGUUCAAAAUAACGUUCUACACCCUGCUACCCUCCACGAUGCUAAACAAUGCCGACAUCCUGUCGAACAUUCCACCGCUCGGUGGUAAGGAGGGGGCGGCCGGCCCGCACCGCGAGGUGGUGGCCCGGUGGCGCGUCCCAAUGUACGGCAAGGUGUACGAGAUCGAGUUCGAGCACGGUACGGCCAGCGGCAAGCGGGUGCUGUGGAUCGACAAGCAGGAAGUGUUCCGGCGCGACUGGAUGUUCAAGCUGGUCGGCGAGGACAUGUUCAAGCUGGAGGACAAGCGGUGCAUCAUACGGGUCGACCCGAUGCCGGGCUUCCGGUACAGCUACUCCCUGUUCGUGGACGGCAAAUCGUACGAGCAGUUCACGGAGAGCCAAGCGAAGGCGCUCAAAACGUGGGAAGCGAAGCUGGGCGAUAACUUCUACCGGAUUGUGCUUGAAAAAAAUACACUCAACAUCUACGUGAACGGGAAGCUUAUCGAAGAGAAUGGAGAAUUCGUUGACGGCGGAACUGACACAACGUUCCUGGAGGAUGGCAACACGUUCGUGCUGAGUGCGCGAACCAGCGGCAACAAGCGGGAAGGCAUCGUUCACCGACUGACAGUGAAUGGUGCCGAAGUGUUCGAUGCUGGUGGGGCGACUACGGCACUGUAAGCGGUAGCCGAACAAAGGAGAGCGAGAGCUUUCGGACGUUUUCACAACCAUCGAUCGAUCACGCCGCCCCCGGCAUAGAAGAUUGAUUUUAUAAUUUUUUAUUUGAAAUAGUUUCAAUUUCAGCGAUCCUUGUGUUUGUUGCUGUUCUUUUGUUUUGUUUUGUUUUUUUUUCUUUUAAGUUUAAGUUUUAUUCCCUCGAUACUGCCUGUUUCUCUUCUCCUGUGUUAUUAGUGUGUGUGUGUGUUUCAGUUAUAAGUUAAUCGUAUUUUUUGGGCUAAACAGGGUAUGUUUUAAAGAAAAAAAAAAGAAAAAAACAAACACACACAAUCUCAUUCAGGGGAAGUUGAGAUAAGAACGGGGAAGAAGAAGAUGGUUGGAUAAAAAGAAAUACAAAAAAAUACAAAAAUUGCUGCUAUAAAAAAAGAAACACACAGUAAACUAUUUACCCUAAGUGCGCAAAAAGCAAAAAUACUAUUAAAUACAUCAUGUAUGUCGGAUACUGAAUCGGUUGUGUAGCUUUUUAUAUGUAAUAUAAUAUGUAUGCAUAUCGUUGCUAGUAAUAAAAGUAACUUAUUAAAAACUAAACUUUGAAGAACAAGACAAAAAAAUGCUGCUGCAUGAGAAUGGUAAUGCGUCGUACUCGUUGAAAGAACGGAGCUAACCCCGACAGGAAAUCAUUUGUUAAAUAUGUAAGAAAAGUACAAGCGUAAGUACCUAUUAUGGAACGGAAAGUUAAAAAAAAAAGAACCAAAUAAGUAACGAAUGCAAAUCAAAAACCCGUCUUACUACACAUUUCACGUCGUCUCUAGGUCUCUCUUUGCUCGCUUUCUCUACCCUCUUUUGAGUGGGUCGUUUUCGCCUCACUUCUUUUACACCCUUCGCUGCUCGUGAUCGGUUUAUCUGGCGCUAUCCAUUAGCUUUCGUUUCUAUUAGGCAGAGAAAAAAAAACACAUUCUUUUACACAGAUUUUGAGAAAAAAAAACAAUGACGAUUCAAAAAUCGUACGUAUUAUCACCAACAACAAUUAUAUCAAAAUACGGCAAACCUUUGUCUCAGUUUGGUUGCGUUGCAGCAAAACGUUGCUCUCCUUUGGAGGGGGUAGGAGAGCCGUUUUUAAAACAAGUCACGAUAAAUAUUCAGGCUCUGUCAGCUCUUUGUUACGAACACGAAAUAGGGAAUACAGUCAAUAGGAUUUUUAAUAACAAUUCGCAUUGGAAGGACGUAACCGAUACACCGAUUUGCUGCUCUUUUAUCUAAUUCGAGUUCGCUGUUUUUUUUUUUGCAAUGCAAAACAAUUAACAAACGGGGAAGUAUAACUACAACACUCAUUAAAAACAAUCAGGAUUUACAGUUGGAACCAACACUGCUGCAAAGUGCCAAAGAGCCCUUCAAGAGAAAUACUUUUGCUUUCUGCUUAUCUCCUCAUACUUUAUAUCCUUAUAUCAGUGAGUUUUGCAUUUUUUUCUUUUAAAUGUGUUUUUUUUUUGCUUUUCCUUUUUCUCUUCUGUUUUGUUUGCAGUGCGUUUUUUUUUCUACUACGAAUUUUGGAUUUUUGUUUGUUUGCUUGCUUUUUAUAUCUGUGUUGCAUUCAUUUCAAUAAUUUUUGCUAUCAUAUACUGCCAUCAUACAGGGAACUCAUGUACAAAAAACGGGCACAACUACUACAAUACGACGAACGCUGCUGGCUGCUUCACCCGCCAACACACCAGUACCAUACCGGAAUAGGAUCGAGCUGUUUCGUUUCCCUCCCCUCUUUUACAUUCUCUCUCGUGAGCAGCAGUUCGUGUGAAUCUGAACAUUACUCUGCAGCCUGCACUAUUACAUGCUUUCAACGCAUUUUCUUUUAAUUUUGUCUAAAAUUUUUAAAAUUUUCUUCUUUCCUUUCCUUAAUGCAUUUUGCCUUUACGAAGGAUAAUUAGUAGUUAGCUGCUCCUGCACGCACGCCGCUGUUAGCCGAUGUUAUGUUUCUCCAUCCUACACUGCGUGUGUGUCCUGCUUUCUCUCAUUCUCAUUCCUUCUUUCUCUUCUUAGCGCCCUUUUUGUUAUAGUAAUUCUUAAUAGUAAAUUUGUUACCUAAACACCCCCGUUUCUAGCUUGUGGCUUCACUUCAGCUUCUACACCUCACAGAUAACACCAUUCUCGCUGAGCAGCGCGCUUGUUAGCUGUGCUUUGAAUCAAUUUUGAUUUUUCAACCCAUUUUCUUUAUGCCCUCAUAAGCAUCAUCUGUUCACCUUUAUCACACCUUUGUUUUCUGUUUUUCUCUCUUCUCUUUAAUCAACAUUAACCGCACAUUAACGAUCAAUUGCUGGAGCCGUGGUGUGUGUUUAUGUAUGUGUGUUUGUUUGUUUGUUUGUUUGUAUUUUGUCUGUGUGUUUGGUUACCAUUCUACUACUUUUGUUAACGAUACUGUGCAAUUGUGUAUAACUUUUGUUUUGCUUUUUGUUUUUUGUUUUUAUCAUUUGUAACAUGCUUCUGAUUUGUUAUUUUAACUAUUCUCGUUUAUAAUAAGUGGUUAAUGCUCGUUCGCAGUAGUCAUGCACUUUCUCCGCGAAAAACAAAACCGAACACGAAUCGCAUUUGCAUCGGAGAAAGAGAGUGUGAGGAAGAAAGAGAAACAAAACGCCUGCACGUGGAAAUGUUGCCAACACGCGCUACUAAUAAUCGCAAACUUGGCGCAAGGAGUAGCGGAAUCAUUAAAUUGUUUGUUUGUUUGUUUGUUUUUCUCUAUUCCAUCGUCGUUUAUCGCAAAACCUCCUAUAAUUCUACAUAGCAAUUGUGAUUUUAUUCGUUACUUCUUCCUUUUGUUUGUUCUUUGUUUUUUGCAAUACAAUGAUGCACAAGGGCGACUGUUUGAUUUAGUAUGGGGGGGUUCAUGUUUUGAAUUUGAAACUCUCUUUUACGUUUGUAUGAUAAGUUCUUGUUAAAUAUGUUUAGUGUCCAUAGUCUGCUAGAGGUUUUAGUGUUUUGUUUCUGCUGCUUUUCCGCUUCCAUUCUGGGCUUGUGUUAUUCUAGAACAAGGUUUUUCUUUUUCCUUUUAGUCACGGAUCAUGCAUUCGUGUUCGUUUCAUCACUGCUCGCACUCCGUUUCCGUUGUAGUUUCACUUUUUUUUGUUACUCAUACUUCUUCCUAUCUUUCUUUGCAGCGAAAACACUUCAAUGUAAUACAAAUACAAAAUACAAAGCAUAGAUAAUAAACGUUACAAAAUGGGACUGUGAUUUAGGUUAACGACAUCGGUAUGGUUGCAGAAAUGGAUAGUACAGAGAGAUAAAGAGAGAGAAAGAGAGAGAGAGAGAGAGAGAGAGAGAGAGAGAGAGAGAAAAGGAAGGAAAUGAUACGCACUUCCUC